GAAGUAGAGGUAACAGACCAAGUGGAUCUUCCUCAAGUUACUAAAGAUCCCCCAUUGUGCCCUGCUUUGGAUUGUCACAUGCCACUGGAAAAAACAAAUGAAGAAAGAACAGACCUGAAAUGUCUUCCACAAAUAGGGGAAAACUCCACAGCAGUAGAUUCAUCGAAGUCCCCUCCUUCCCCAAAGGUGCAAGAUAACUGUCACUGUCCUGAGAACUGCAGUUUACAUGCCAGUGCUGACACGCAUGAAAUUCUCCUUAGAUGUUCUCAUUGUGAGGAAAAAUUCAGAGCUGAGAGUGACUUAAUCCAGCAUGAAGAGACACAUACCAAAGAUAAAGCUUUCCAGUGUUCACAGUGUGCCCACAAAUAUGGUUCAGAGAAUGCCUUAGUACAGCAUGAAGCAAUGCAUAAAAUGAUACAUAAGGAUAAAGGUUUCCAAUGUUCAGUUUCAGAGUGUAGAUUCCCUUCAGAAGAACACACACAAUGCAAAGGGAAGGUAUCCUUUACUUCCCUUUUGAGAAGACACCGAAAGAGCUUACAAAGGGAAGAAGUAGAGGUAACAGACAAAGUGGAUCUUCCUCAAGCUACCGAAAAUCCCCAAAAAGAUUCAUUGCAGGACAAGGAGCCUUCCCCUUCUCUCAAGGCACAAGCAUUAUGUCCUGCUAAGGAGUGCUACUGCCCUAAAAACUGCAGUUUACAUCCAAGGAAAGAGAUAGCUAAAAGACUGUUUAGGUGUUCACACUGUAAGAAAAGAUUUACAUCAAGGAAUGAAUUGAGACUGCAUAAAAAGACACAUACUCAUAACAAACCUUUCCAUUGUGUACAGUGUGAGUGCAAGUUCAGUUUGGAGAAUGAUUUAAUACAACAUGAAAAGACACAUGCUAAGGUAAAAGCUUUCCAGUGUACACAGUGUGAAUGUAGAUUCACUUUAGAAAAUGAUUUGAUACAGCAUGUGAAGAUGCAUACUAGUGAUAAAUUCAUUUGUUCACAGUGCAAGAUAAAAUUCAACACAUUUUCAGAAUUAAAACAACAUGAGAAAAAUCAUACAGAUGAAAAGGGUUUUGUGUGCUUAUACUGUGAAAAGAAAUUCUUUGAGAAAUUAGACAUGUCAAGGCAUAUGAAAAGAAAUACUGGCAGAAAGCAGUUUAAAUGUACGUACUGUGAUAAAAGUUUCAAGGCAAAGUGUAUUCUCAGAAGACAUGUAAGAAUUCAUCAAGGUGAGGAGCCAUUCCAUUGUACUUUGUGUAAUAUGAAUUUCAUUUGGAGGUCCCAGCUAGAUCAUCAUAUUAGGAAUCACGGAAAUGAAGAAAAUAGAGAACAUAUAGAUAAGUCAACCGUAUUGUCUUUGAUACAAGAAUACAAAAAAAAUGGUAGAAACAGAAGAAAAUUUAAUCAAAGGCAGUAUCAUCGUCCACGAGCAAUUAGGCAGUAUUGUCGUCCUCGCGCAGCCAGGCAGCAUGAACAUCUUCCAGUAGUUAGGCAUCCCAUGGUGACAAGGUCCUCAUCCCGACUAAAAGCAGGUUUAUCUGUUGUAAAUGAAUCUCCUCUAAAGGAGGGUAAAUCACAAAGAGAAUUUAGAGAAUGUCUCACAGAGGAAGAUUGGGCUCAAGAAGCUCAAGAAGCAAUUGAAUACCUUUCAAAGGAAGGGUGGAUGCAGGAAAAAUAUCCUCCUAUUAAUGAAUUUCCCAUGGAGGGAGGUUGGGAUAUAGAAGCUCAAGAGGCUGUUGAUUUUUUCAUGCAGGAAGACUGGCUGCAGCAAAAUUUACCUGCUAUUGGUGAACUUUCUGUUGAGGAAGGCUGGGCUCAGGAAGCUUCUGUUACAACAGAAUACUCAGCAGAGGGAGGCAGGUUACAAGAAGAGCUUCCUGUUGUCAGAGAAUCUCCCACAAUAGAGAGUUGGCCUCCUCUUGAUAGUGAAUCAUUCACAGAGGAAAGUCACCCACGAGAAAACCUUCUUGCAAGAGAAUCUUCUAUACAGGGAGGUCAGGGUCAAGAAAACCAUCCUGGUGGAAAAACUCCCACACAAGAAGAAGAAAGGCUUCCAGCUGGAAAAUCUCCAAUACAGAAAGCUCAUGAUCAAGAAAGGCUUCCAGCUGGAAAAUCUCCAAUACAGAAAGCUCAUGAUCAAGAAAACCAUCCUGCUGGAAUAUCUUCCAUGCAGAAAGCUCAGGGUCAAGAAAAUCUUCCUGCUGGAAAAUCUCCAACACAGAAAGAUCAUAAUCAAGAAAAGGAUCUUCCUGAUGGAAAAUUUUGUCUACAGAAUGUUCAGUUUCAAGAAAAUCUUCCUGCUGAAAAUUUUCACCAUCAGGAAGAUUAUGUUCUGGAAGAUCUUCCUCCUGCUAGAGAAUCUCCCAUACAGAAAGAUUAUGAUCAACAAUAUCUUCCUGCUAAAGAAUCUCCCAUGCAGAAAGAUAAAGAAAUUUUUCCAGCAAGAGGACCUCCCUUACAGAAAGAUCAGGCUCAGGAUAACCUUUUUACAAGUGAAGUGCCCACAAGAGAAUGUUGGCAGCAAGAAAAGCCUUUUGGUGCUACAGAAUCUCCAAUAGAGAAGAGUGGGAUAAAGGAAAACCUUUCUGGAGCAGCUAAAGGAGGAGCAUCUCAGACAAAGGAAGAUCAAGAUCAAGAAAACUGUGUUGCAAGAGAAUUUGCCACAAAGAAAGAUUGUUUGCCGGAGAAUGUAUCUGUUGGAAUAGAGGCAAAGGAUGACUUGCGGACCUUCAUAUCAAUUCUGAUAGAAAAUUUAGAGUGGUCUCUAAAGAAUCGGUAUCCAAAAAGUAAGCGGAGAUCUCAGAGAGGCUGUCUUUAAUUCCUAAAGAAACUCAUUCUUUUAGUAACACCCAUAUGGUUUAUUCACUGGAAGCAAUAUACAAAGAAAUGCUGCUUAUAUUAUUUUAUCUGUUUUAUAGUCAGUGAUUAUGUUAGUAUCAAGAGAAUUUAUAAUAAAGAUAUUACUUAAUUCA